AUCAGCAUGCUGAUGGUGCUGGGCAUGGUGGCGUGCGUUUCUUCUUUCGGUUUUGAUAAGCUCCUAUCGCAGCCGCCUGGCUCUGAUUGGGCAGCAGCGGAGAAAGAAGGAAGUGAGAAGCGUCGAGUUAUUUUCCUGCGCUUUAAACCGUAGAAAAAGCGAAACACGAGACAAUCCUGGAAGCUCUGGCAGGUUUAUGCAGAUAUAAACACUGUGAGGCGAGCGGCAGGGAGAGACCGAAAAGUUUGACUGUUGCAAUGGAUUAAAGUGAAAGGGCACACUUUCUUUCUUCCUGCUCGGCUCGACUCCAGGAAACCUACAGAUUUUAUUCCGACUUUUUAAUGAAGAUUAAACUAUGAGCCGCGAGCGAGCAGGCAUGGAUCAUGCAAGAGCGCCAGUCACACAGGAAAGAAAGAUUGACAAGAGGCUGAAUGAGAGCACUGCUUCUCCUGCUGAGGUACGGUCUUGUGCUACAACUCACUUUGUUUUUGGAGUAACUAGUUCUGAAGUUUUAGUAUUUGAGAAAAAUAUUUUUUGUAAAUACAGAAUAAAAAGAGACCAAUCAGAAGAGUGAAAAGUCCAUCUGCACCAAGAGCAUGGCUGUCCAGGUCUUACAAACCUAAGUUUGGAGGACAUGUCUACAGACCUCGUUUUAUGGGAGACAGCCAUUCCUUCCACAAAGCUGGCUUCAGCAGUCAGGGCCAGCGCUACCUGAAGCCCCGGGCCUAUAUCCAUCGCAAGGAUUAUCCUUCACCUAAAUCUCGGCAGCUCAUGCUGAAAGAGAAGGAGAAGCAGAGGGAGAAAGCAAGGCUGAAAGAGGAGAGUGAAAAGGAGCGUCACGACCAGAGAGACAGCACUGAUGGACGUUCCCCUACAAAACAAAGCAAUUCUUCUAGGCCUGUCUUACCGAAGUCCACUUCCAGCAGAGACAAGGACAUGCAUUUCACUGUUUUUCAAAACGAGAGGAACCAAAGCAGAGAGAGAGAUCACAGAGCGACCAAAAGCAAAGACAGAGAGCGAAGCAGAGAUGGGGAGCUCCCUUUAACAGCGAGCCAGACGGCAGCACGAGACAGAGCUAUCCAACAGAAGAGGAGAGAGAUAGAUGAGGUGUACUACCAGGAGUGUGAAAUGUUUGGCCUUGUAGCAAAGAUGCUAAUUGAAAAGGAUCCAUCCCUGGAGCGUCCCAUCCAGUCGUCACUGCAGGAGAACCUCCGGGAUAUUGGCAAGCGCUGUGUGGAAGCCAUGGAGAGAUUUAUUGAGGACUAUGACUCUAGGGAACUUUUGCACUAAUCACACACAUGCCUUUAUGUCUUUAGCAACAGUGGUUUGGUUUCCUUUGACUGAUUAAAGCCUGUUGUGUUUUCUUGUUUGUAACCUUCUCAAAGGUUCUUAAAUGCUGCUUGACAACAUUUUUAACUGUUUCUAGUCUAUUACUUUUGAAUGAUGAAAAUGUUAAGCUGGAGAUCAUGUAAUUGUAAAAAACAAACAAACCCCAAAACACUGGUCAUUUUGAAAUAAAAUAAAACUGGAAGACUGUGUAUUAAUGUCAUAUAUAAUGUAUUCCAACUUGGCAGUUUUUAAAAUAUUGUUUUAUAUUUCCUUUGUUGCAUAUAAACCUUUGGUGAGACUGUAUAUAUUUUUAGAAACCUUUGCAGGUCAUGGUGAAAUG